UUUACACUCUCAAAAGAAAAAAAAUCUUCUGGUUUUUGGUUUUUUGGGUCUGAAAAAACAACUAAAUUUUGUAACAAGACCAAGUUUUCAAUGAAGUUUGGGAAGAGAUUGAAGCAGCAAAUGCAGGGGACUUUGCCCGGUUGGCGCGAUAAGUUCUUGUCGUAUAAGCAUUUGAAGAAGAUUGUGAAGCUGAUUGCUUCUGCAGCGCCCAUGUUGUUGAAUGGAUCAUUGGAGUAUGGCAAGGCUGAGGCUGAGUUUGUGUAUCUCUUGAACAAUGAGAUUGACAAGUUCAAUGCUUUCUUUGUGGAGCAGGAGGAGGAUUUCAUUAUCCGGAAUAAGGAAUUACAGCAGAGAAUUCAAAAGGUGAUUGAUAGAUGGGGUUCGAAUGGAAGCCAGCCUUCAAAGGCUAUAUAUGAAGAAGAAGUGGGAAAAGUUAGGAAAGACAUUGUUGAUUUCCACGGCGAAAUGGUGCUCUUGGUGAACUACAGCAAUAUCAAUUACACAGGAUUGGCUAAAAUAUUGAAGAAGUAUGACAAGAGAACAGGUGCUCUACUGCGCUUACCAUUCAUUCAAAAAAUUCUGGAGCAGCCCUUUUUUACAACUGACAACAUCUCAAAGCUUGUCAAGGAAUGUGAAAACACCAUAGAUGCAGUGUUCCCAGUGGAGGAAGAAGAAGAAGAGAGAAAAAGAGAAGUGAAAGAAGCCAUAACAGUUGCUGGAGAAGGAAUAUUUAGGAACACAGUUGCAGCUCUGCUGACCAUGCAAGAGAUUAGAAGAGGCAGCUCCACUUACAGCCAGUAUUCUCUGCCACCUCUCAAUUUGCCUGCAGACAAUGAUCUCACCCAGUUGUUCCAACUCAGCCCUCCUAUACCUAUUGUCUAAGUUAUAGUAGCUAUAAUCAUAUACUUUAGCAUAUCUGCUACCCUUGGGUUAGCAAAGGA